AUGUGUUACUAUGGAGGAUAUUAUGGAGUCCUGGGCUAUGGCUACAGUGGCCUAGGCUGUGGCUAUGGCUGUGGCUAUGGUUACGGCUGCUGCCGUCCACUGUGCUGUAGAAGGUACUGGUCCUGUUGCCUGAACUGA